AUGUCGCGCUCGUUCACCAUUCGCGUCCCUGCGACGUCCGCCAACAUCGGGCCCGGCUUCGACGUCGUCGGCCUCUCCCUCUCGCUCUACCUCACCCUCUCCGUGACCCUCGCCCCGCCCCCGCCGGCCUCCCACCCCACGCCCCCGUCCAUCCGCUACACCGGCGAGGGCGCCGACGAGGUGCCCCUCGACGCCUACAAAAACCUCACCACCCGUGUCGCGCUCUACGUCCUGCGCUGCCACGGCGUGCCCUCCUUCCCGCCGGGGCUCGCCGUGCACGCGCACAACGAGAUCCCCUUCGGACGCGGGCUCGGCUCGUCCGGCGCCGCCGUCGUCGCGGGCGUCCUCCUCGGCGACGCCCUCGCCCGCCUGCGCCUUCCCCCCGCCCGCGUCCUCGACUUCGCCCUCAUGGUUGAGCGCCACCUGUUGAAGUGA